AUACACCAAACACCAACUCGAAAAAGCCAAAAAAUUUACACAACACGAGUUAUACGAAACUCGAAAAAAUUAUUCGUAAUACUCACUUUUUAAACUUAUAUCACUUGUUAAUAUUAUAAAUAUUGGGUUUGAUAUAUUGUUAUCAUAUAAAAUCACUGCACUUGCUGUUUAUCUAUCCAUAAAUAAUAAAAUUAAAUCGUCAAUCAACAUGGCGGCGUUCAUCAGACAGAUCAGGCAUGGCUCUUUUGCAACUUCACAUUCGGCUAAAAAUUCACUACUUGCUCUAAUAACGGCGCCAGUACGUCAUGAUGUCGUAAGAUGCAAAGCUAACAGGGCCAAGCAAAAACAAAAACAAUCCACAAUCAAAGGCAAAUGGGAGUGGAAUGAAAAGUCACUUUCAACUCGAGGAUUUCUUCGGCCCCUAAAACCUUAUGAGCCACCAAAAGAUGCAUCCGAGAAGCUCGACAAAAUUUGUAAAGACCAAGGACUGUCAGAGAGUGAUUUUACAGAAUUAAAGGAUCUUGAUUUGAGAUUUAAGCUGUUUAGUAUUUGUGCAGAUGAAUUCAAAUGUCAUAUUCCAAAUUCAAUAUUAUUUAACAUACAAACUAUUGGAGAUUUGAGAAAGUUUUAUAAGACUCAGAUAGACACAACUCUACCGUUAGAUGCAAAUAAAAAUAUCGAUUUACCACCAAAUCUACAUAUUCAAUAUGAAUAUAACAGAUUCCAUCCAGAUACAGAUAUCAAGUUUGGCGGAAAAACGGCAUUUCCUAAGAGCUCAACUCUUGUCACUGGUCUUAAAUAUAAGAAAAAGUAUCCAAGUCUUAUACUUGACAGUCCCUGGACAUAAAUUUAUAAUUUAUUUGUUAAUUAACAAGCAAAGAAAUACAUAAUUAAAUUAAUUAAAACCGA